CAUCCAUCGACAGACGCACAACAAGAGCCACCAUGUCGUUUACGCUCAGCAUACGGCAGGGCCCGGCGCGGCGCCUCGCGCAGCAGCUUCCCGAGCUGACCAAGAGCGCGUUCCGCGCGGCGGCGCCGGUGCGCAGCUUCCACCAGUCGGCCACCACCAAGUCGUCGAGAGGGGUGGGCUUGUUCUUCACCUCGCGCAUCAACACCACCACCGGCGCCACCACGACAGCGGCGCGCAACGCCUUUUCCCGCCGCGGCGCGACGGCGUCAAGGGCGCUGUACCACCAGGAGGUGGCGAGCCGGCAGCAGUCGGUGACGAGCGGCCCGGGCCUGCGCAAGCUGCUCGUGGGAGGCGCCAUCUUCGGCGGCACGCUCGUCGCCAUCAACGCCGUGUUCAACCGCGAGACGCGCGAGGACGGCGGCAUGCCCGUCUACGAGCGCGAGUACCUCAAUAACACGUUCCUGCACACGGGCCUCGGCGUCGGCAUCAUUGGCUUGACGGCCAGGCAGAUGGUGCAGACGGGCUUCGUCUACCGCUUGAUGGUGACGAACCCGUGGGUCGUCGGUCUCGGUGGUCUGGCCCUCAGCUUCGCCACCAUGAUUGGCACGCGCUCCAUCGCACCCGACAACUAUAUUCCCAAGUACGCUCUCUGGACGGCCUUCAACGCCACGCAGGCAGCCUUCAUCGCUCCCCUCCUCGCAUUCGUCCCCGGCCCCCUCCUCGCCCGCGCCGGCCUCUACACCAUCGCCAUGAUGGGCGCGCUGUCGGUCGUCGGCGCAACGGCCAAGCAGGAGAAGUACCUGUACAUUGGCGGCCCGCUCCUCGCCGGCGCCGCCAUCGUCGCCGUGUCGGGCCUGGCCCCGCUCAUGAUCCCCGCGACGGCGGUGCGCACGCUGGCCUUCACCGAGAACAUCUGGCUGUACGGCGGCCUGGCCGUCUUUGGCGGCUUCACGCUGUACGACGUGCAAAAGGUGCUGCACCACGCGCGGCUGGCGCAGAUGGGCGUCAUGCGGCGCGACCCGGUCAACGAGAGCAUCUCGCUGGAGCUUGACUUUUUGAACAUUUUUGUUCGCAUGGUGCAGAUUCUGAUGAUGAACCAGAACCGGCGGAAGUAAGAUGAGAAGUUUUGGAGGGAUGAUUGGGUUGGUGGAAGUCAGAGCAGCAACUCCUCUCUUCUGAGUUGGACUCUUUUUUUUUAUUGUACGGAAUAGAAAGAUGAGAACCAUGGACAUUCAUGUAAAACAACAUCAAAGACGCCCCAAGGAACGCCUGCAUGGGC